GAUAGUACUGAUAGGAUCUACUGGCGUCGCCAAUUUGGCGGGCAAAUUACAACCUGUUCUUGUUGUGUUCGAAAACCGUUGUGCCUUCAUACAUAACAACAAUUUUCGAUAAUAUUCUUUACACUAUUUGUUGAUGUUUGCAUUAGUUAUUACAGGGGAUAAUACGAAUUGUUAUCUAUGUGACUAACAAUUACGCAACAUGACAAGUUUGCAAAAUACUGGAAGAUAUAGGGCUGAUAGGUCAAGUCUAAAAAAUGACCAGAGUCAGGAAGGAAAAUCAUCACGAGAGACCUCAGGAGGAAGAUUAAAGGAAGUCAAUGAAAAUAUUAGAAUAGACGGUUUAUAUGGAUUCCACAGGGUAGCCGAUGUAAAAGAAAGAACAGGUUUUCUGAUUAAUAUGCAUGCAACAGAAAUUAUAGAAGAUGAUAAAAGAUUGUUCAGUGGGGUAGAUUAUUAUUUCCUAGAAGAAGAUUGUACUAGAUUUAAGAUCUCGUAUCCAUAUUGUCCAUAUUUUUAUAUUUUAUGUAGAAAAGAUUCGCACGAAGAAACCUCUACUGGUUUAAAUAAAAAAUAUAGUGGUCUUAUACAGAAAGUAGAAACGCUUUAUAAGGAAGAUCUUGACCUGCCAAACCAUUUGAUUGGUCUAAAACAAAAAUACAUGAAACUAUCUUUUGCCAAUACUUUGGACUUGGCUAAAGUGAAACGAGAUAUCAUGAAAGCUGUAAAAGCAAACAGAGAACGAGAAAAAAAUCAUACCUUCUACACAGAUAUGUUAUCAAACGUGUUAAAUCCUGAUCAAGUAGUGGUAAAUUCCAAAAGGCAAAUUAUAGAUUUUAUGGAUAAUAUUCUUGACAUAAGAGAAUAUGAUGUACCACAUCAUGUACGAAUCUCUAUAGACAAGAAAAUUUUUUGUGGUAGUUGGUACUCAGUAAAAACAAGAGGAAACGAAGUGCCAAUUAUUACAAAGAGGGAAGACAUGAUUGAACCUCCAGAUCCCAUUGUGCUGGCUUAUGAUAUUGAAACUACAAAGCUUCCUUUAAAAUUUCCUGAUGCUAAUACAGACCAAAUCAUGAUGAUAUCAUACAUGAUUGAUGGACAAGGCUAUUUAAUAACGAAUAGAGAAAUAAUUUCAAGCGACAUCGAAGAUUUUGAGUAUACCCCGAAACCGGAAUUCGAGGGUCUUUUUACUGUUUUCAAUGAACCUAAUGAAAAAGCGACGAUUAAAAAGUUUUUUGACCACAUUAACGACAUUCGACCACACAUAUUUGUAACAUAUAACGGUGAUUUUUUCGAUUGGCCAUUUGUAGAAACCAGAGCAGCAUUCCAUAAUAUGGACAUGAAGGAUCGGAUUGGUUUCUCAAAAAAUCGCGAUGGAGUUUAUGCUUGUAGGCCAGCUAUGCAUAUGGAUUGCUUAAGUUGGGUAAGGCGCGAUUCAUACUUACCAGUUGGUUCUCAAAACCUGAAAGCUGUUGCAAAAGCUAAACUAAGAUAUGAUCCAGUAGAACUGGAUCCUGAAGAUAUGUGUAGAUUAGCAUCCGAGGAACCAGCAACUCUUGCAAACUAUUCAGUCUCUGAUGCAGUUGCAACAUAUUAUCUUUAUUAUAAAUACGUUCACCCUUUUAUAUUUGCAUUGUGCACUAUCAUUCCCAUGGAACCAGACGAAGUACUUAGGAAGGGAUCCGGUACAUUAUGCGAAUCUCUUUUGAUGGUAGAAGCCUUUCGAGCUAAUAUUAUAUUUCCAAAUAAACAAGAAACAGAGUUAAGCAAAUUUACUAAAGAUGGCCAUUUACUGGAUCAAGAAACAUACGUAGGAGGACACGUGGAGGCCUUAGAGUCUGGGGUUUUCAGAGCUGAUAUUCCAUGCCGUUUUAAGAUAGAGACUAGUGCGGUAGAUGAACUAAUAAAUGGCGUUGAGAAUGCUCUGACGCAUGCCAUUCAAGAAGAAGAAAAAGUACCCAUAGAUAUGGUCACGAACUUUAACGAAGUGGUCGAGGAAAUCAAAGUUAAAUUGGAGGCCCUGAGAAGUCAGCCUUUAAGAUUAGAAAAUCCUGUGAUUUACCAUUUAGAUGUCGGUGCCAUGUAUCCAAACAUUAUUUUAACUAAUCGUUUACAACCAUCCGCGAUGGUAAAUGAAACCGUUUGCGCUGCGUGCGAUUACAACAAACCAGCAGCUCUUUGUCAGAGGAACAUGAAGUGGAUGUGGAGAGGAGAAUAUUUGGCUGCAAGCUUAAGCGAAUACCAAAGAAUACAACAACAGCUGGAAACCGAAAAGUUUCCACCGAAAUUUCCUGGCGGUCCCCGUCGAGCUUAUCAUGAAUUGUCUCAUGAAGAACAAGCUGCAUACGAGAAAAAGAGACUUACGGAAUAUUGUAAAAAAGCAUAUAAGAAAGUUAAAGUUACAAGAACGGAGGAGAGAACACAAACGAUUUGUCAGAAAGAGAAUUCGUUUUACGUUGACACUGUCAGAGCGUUCAGAGAUAGAAGAUACGAAUACAAAGCGCUUACUAAAGUUGCGAAGCAACAAGUAGCGGCAGCGGUAGCAAAGGGCGACGCGGGUGAUAUUAAAUCGGCUAAGAGUCGAGAAGUACUCUAUGAUUCUUUGCAACUUGCCCACAAAUGUAUUUUAAAUUCUUUCUAUGGUUACGUUAUGAGAAAGGGAUCCCGAUGGUUCAGUAUGGAAAUGGGCGGUAUAGUAUGUUACACAGGAGCACAUAUCAUCAUGAAAGCUAGAGAAAUUAUAGAAAAAGUUGGCCGUCCAUUGGAAUUAGAUACCGAUGGUAUUUGGUGCGUAUUGCCUGCAUCUUUCCCCGAUAACGUGGUCGUCCACACCACUCAUCCAAAGAAGUCGAAGCUUGCAAUAUCUUAUCCGAACGCUAUCCUUAAUUUUAUGGUGAAGGACCAAUUCACUAAUGACGUGUAUCAUGAACUUGUUAAUCCUGAAAAUUUAACAUAUAAAAUUAGAAGCGAAAAUUCUAUAUUUUUCGAAGUGGACGGUCCUUACUUGGCUAUGGUACUGCCUGCCGCAAAAGAAGAAGGAAAAAGAUUAAAGAAGCGAUACGCGGUCUUUAAUUUUGACGGCUCUUUGGCCGAAUUGAAAGGGUUUGAAGUGAAGAGAAGGGGUGAACUUCAAUUGAUCAAAAUUUUCCAGACUUCUGUGUUUGAAUCUUUCUUGAAGGGCAGCACGCUGGAAGAGUGCUACGCGUCAGUGGCUAAAGAUGCAGAUUAUUGGCUCGAUAUUUUGUAUAGCAAGUGUUCAGAUAUGCCGGAUUCGGAACUAUUCGAACUUAUAUCCGAAAAUAAAUCGAUGUCGCGUAAACUAGAAGAGUACGGAGAGCAAAAGUCUACGUCCAUUUCCACUGCUAAAAGACUGGCCGAGUUCUUAGGUGAUCAAAUGGUGAAAGAUGCUGGUCUAGCAUGUAAAUACAUCAUUGCUAAUAAACCUCAGGGUGCACCAGUUACGGAACGAGCAAUACCAUUAGCCAUUUUUCAAUCGGAACCAACUAUAAGAAGGCAUUAUUUGCGUAAAUGGUUAAAGGAUCCUGGCUUACAAAGUGAUGAUAUACGGCAAAUUUUAGAUUGGAGUUAUUACAUUGAAAGACUUGGAAAUACUAUUCAAAAGAUUAUCACCAUUCCAGCGGCAAUGCAAGGACUUCACAAUCCUGUACCUAGAGUAAAGCAUCCAGACUGGCUGCACAAAAAAGUAAUGGAGAAGAGCGCAACGCAUAAACAGAAGAAAAUAACAGAUAUAUUUUCAGCAGCACCAAGAGAUCAAGAAUAUAAUAAUGAUGACCAAGAGCCGGGUCCAUCUAGUUCUCGUGAUAUUGAAGAUAUAGCGGGCGGAGAACAGAUAUUUAAGCAUCCAAUGCCAGUCGUUAAUAAAAGGAAAAGACAAUUUUCAGAUGAAAAUAAAGAUGAUGACAUCGAUAAGAACUGGAAAGAUGUUUUGGGUUCGCCACCAUCAAUGGGAACGACAAUCGAAGAAAGGCUGAAGUGGUUAGAAUUCCAUAAACAAAAAUGGGCCCAUCAAGCUAAGCAAAGAGGCCAACGACAAAAAAAUAAAAGAAGUAAAACAUCAAUGGACGACGACAAUACUGCUAGUUGGGCCGUUAAAAGAAAUACCAAAACAGCUACUUUAGGUGGUUUCUUGAGACAAGCUCAGAAUAAAUUACUUACCAGGGCCUGGCAAAUUAUUCAAAUAUCAGAGACAAAAGAGCCUGGUCUAUUUCGGUUGUGGGUAUUGGUCGACCAAGAUCUUCAUCAGUUACGCCUCGUAGUGCCUCGUAUAUUUUACGUGAAUACUCGUAAACCAAAACCUGAUCCGGAACCUGGUAAAAAGGUGUCUUGGACGAAAAGCUCUAAAAUUUUACCGCGAUCACGACCUGUUCACAACUUAUAUCGAUACUCAGUCCCAGAAGCGCAAUAUCUACAGCACAGUCAAGAGCUUCUAGAAGAUUUAAGUAAACCAGAAAUUGAAGGAAUUUAUGAGACUCAAAUGACAUUAGAGUUUAGAGCUAUUCUUCAGUUAGGGUGUAUAUGCACAGUAGAUCGCAAGGCGGCACGUCAUAUAGCGGAUGGUGCAGAUACAUUCAACUUAAAUCAAUUAGAAUUUAAGAGUAUCGCUAUACAACCAUACCUUAAGAAUGUUCAUGAAAUUAAUUACGUUUUCCUGUAUCAUCAUUGGAGUUCAAAUCAUCAAAGAGCAUUGUGGGGGCUUUUCCUAAAUACGAGCAAGAGAGCUCAUAUAUUUGUGUUAGACAAAGUUUCGUCGAACCAAAUGGCUAAUUUAAACACAUUAUACGUCGAAGAACGGAAGACAGCUGUAUCAAUGAGCGGGGAAGACAAAGUAAAGACUUUGCCGGAAUCAAUGCAAUUCGUAAUGAGAUUUGAAACAAAUUUUCAACAAGUAUGUCGUGUUCUGCAAGCAGCUAUAACUGCAUAUAAAAAUGAAGGACACGGUGCAACGAUAUUUAUUACUCAAACUGCUCUCGAUAAAACAAUAUUACUGUCUCAUAUGCCAUUACUCAACGAUUUUCCAAUGAUUAAUACUCAUGUGCAAGAUAUUGAAGACUUAUACAGUACACUGGAGUGGCAAAAAGUUGGUGCAAAAAUAAUGAUACGUCACUAUUUCAAGAGUCAACAAAUUGUCGAAUUGAUGGCAGAACAAUGUAGAUAUUUUCAUGCGCCUAUUGGAAAUAUUCCCGCAGAUCCCACCCUCUUUGGUGCUGACUUAUUUUAUGCUAGAAACUUACAGAAAAGUAACUUUGUGUUAUGGUGUUCUCCAACAGAGAAGCCAGAUUUAGGAGGCAGUGAAAAUGACGAUAAUAGACUAUUGACAGACUUUGAAGAAAGUACACACUGUGCUGCAAAUAAUUCUGGCACAUAUUCCAGUAUAUGCAUUGAAUUAGAAUUAGAAAGUUUAGCAGUGAAUACGUUGUUACAAUACCAUCAUAUUCACGAUGUCGAUGGAACUAGCUCCUUUGUUGCAUUUCAUAAUCAGCAACUAACGUCUGUUCAAGACAUGGCAACAGGCGAUCCUAUGACAAGUGUAAUUCCAAGUUACGAUGAAACUGCACUUUGCAGUCCUGCAUUUAAAGCAUUGCGAAGUAUGGUCAAUGCAUGGCUAUUGGAUAUUUCGGUUUAUAAGAAUGUAUUUGCAGAUUAUCAAAUUAUUCACUUCUAUCGAUGGUUGCGUUCGCCAAAUGCUAUACUUUACGAUCCUGCUUUGAGGAGAACCUUACAUUGUUACAUGAAAAAAUUAUUCAUACAAUUAUUGGCUGAAUUUAAAACGCUGGGUUCUAUUAUCAUCUUUGCGAAUUUUAAUAAAAUCAUUUUAUGUACGAAAAAAAGAACAGUAAGUGAUGCAUUCAGUUACGUGGAAUUCGUUGCACAAACAAUACGUAAUAAAGAAAUCUUUCACGGUAUUGAAAUUAGUUUUGACCAGUGUUGGGAAUAUUUAAUAUGGCUUGAUAUGCAUAAUCACGGUGGCGUGCAAGGAAAAUUACCAAAUCAUUUGAGAGAACAUAUAGAUACUGUUGAAGAAGAUGUCGAGGAGGGUGAUGAUAACGAAGAAACACUCGGAAUAGUAAUGAAGUGGAAUUUGAUGGAAUGUCUUCCCAAAGAUGCUGGAUGUCAAUCGAGUUUUUGUGCCUUAAUAGCAGGGUACAUAAAUGCGAUUUAUGAAUUUAUGUCUGAGAAUGAAGAAUUUAGUUCUAGUGCAAGACCUAGGAGAGUGUCAACUAGCUUAAGCCAAAGUAUAUCAGCGCAGCUGGGGUUGGGUUCACUGAAAAAUACUGCGGAUUUUGCAAAAACACUUAUAUCAGGAGACAUGUCUCAAAAGCUUUUCCAAAUUGUUCAGAAAAUAUACAAGAAAAUUCCGGAGAAAGUAUUAACAGCCCAAGAAUAUCCGAACUUGGAUUUGGAUGGUAAAGAGAGUAAGAAAAUUAAUCCUGCUUUGGAGCUAGUUAAAGCAAUAUGCAAGGUUUUAUCUCUAGAUAAAGAAGUUGAAAACGAAGUAUAUACCAUGAGAACAAAUUUAUUACGAUUAAUCAAAAUUAGUGGUUAUAGUGAUGAAUCCGAAUGGAAAGACCCGUGUAUAUCGCUAAUCUUACCAGAAAUUAUUUGUAAGUCGUGUAAUCACACAAGAGAUAUUGAUCUUUGUAAGGAUAAUAUGUGUAUUAUGGAGAAUAACAGAUAUAUAUGGAAAUGUCCUGUUUGUAAAAUGAGCUAUGAUAACGAAGAAAUAGAGUUCCUUCUGACAGAUGUGUUAUAUCGCAAGAAUAUGGGUUAUAUGUUACAAGAUUUACAAUGUCGAAAAUGCCACGAAAUUAAAAGAGAAAAUAUGAAUGACCUCUGUUCCUGUUCUGGGGAUUUUAAAACUUUAAUUUCCAGAAAUGAAAUAGUAAAGUUCGUUAAGUUAUGCAAGUCCGUCGCUAGGAAGUGUAAUAUGGAAACGCUAAUGGAAAUAGUCGAAAGUACAAAACUUUUUCUAGAUUCUAAAUAGUUCUGAAAAUCUU